UUCUCUUAACAACAGUCAACAGUGCGGUUUUGCUGGGAAAGAUAUGGUUUCAAGGAAUAAUUAAUUUAUUUGUUCUAUUCUGAUGUAAUUUGGGGAAUACUUUUGACUCUUUCAGAUAUGUACAGCCGUGGAAAUACCACAGGACUCAGCUCCAUGAGCUAUGGUUCCAAUCUAUCUGGUGGUUCUCAGGCAAGAAAACCGGGACAGAAAAAUAAGAGAGUCCAAGUGUGGGCCAGAGUACGACCAACAUCAGAAUUUGCUUAUGAUAAUUUGGAGUUAUUGCCAGAUGGAAAAAGUAUUAAUGUUCAUCAAAGAAAAGAUACAAGAAGAGGGGUUGUAAACAAUCAAAUUCUGGACUGGUCAUUUCGGUUGGAUGGAAUUUUUCACAAUGCAUCCCAAGAUCAAGUAUUCGAAACAGUAGGCGCAGAUAUCGUCACCUCAGCCCUGGAUGGCUAUAAUGGAACAAUGAUGGCAUACGGUCAGACUGGAGCUGGAAAAACAUAUACAAUAACAGGUGCCACAGAGAGUUACAAGCAGAGAGGCCUAGUACCAAGGGCAUUGUCUCAGUUGUUCAAGGAAAUAGAGGAAAGACCAGAAUAUGCAAUUACUGUAAGAGUGUCUUACUUGGAGAUUUACAAUGAGACAAUGUCAGACUUGCUGUCGACGUUGCCUGAGACGUGGCAAAACAGAGAAGAUGGUCAGGACCAGAACAUGGUGGUGGUUGAGAAUCAAGAUGGAGUAUACGUCAAGGGUCUCUCUUGUCAUCUGGCCCAGUCUGAAGAGGAGGCCCUCAACCUGCUUUUUGAGGGAGAGACAAAUCGUGCAAUUGCAGCUCACUCACUGAACAAGCAGUCCUCCAGAUCUCACUGUAUUUUUACUGUAUAUCUAGAGACAAGAUCCAGAGUACAGUCCAAUGCUAGAUACACCAUUUCUAAAUUGAACUUUGUGGAUCUGGCGGGGUCUGAACGUUUGGGGAAAACAAAGUCAGAGGGUAAGACACAACAAGAAGCAAUGUACAUCAACAAGUCCCUGACAUUUUUGGAACAAGUGAUUGUGGCCUUAGCAGACAGGAGGAGGGAACACAUUCCUUUCAGACAGUCUAAACUGACCCACUGCCUGAAGGACUCCAUUGGGGGGAACUGUAAUACUCUACUGGUGGCCAAUGUGUGGGGGGAGGAGGCUCAGCUGGAGGAGACGGUCUCCACUCUGCGGUUUGCCACCAGAAUGAUGUGUGUAGCCAGUGAACCAGCCAAAAAUGAACUCUAUGACCCUGUCGUUUUAGUCAAAAAACUAGAGAGGGAAAUUCAACAUUUAAAGAAUGAGCUUGCUAUGCAUGAUACAUUGACAAAUCGGAGCAUGGUUUCCUAUGAUCCACUUUCUGAACAAAAAAGAUAUGAAAUCCGACAGCAAGUUCGAAAAUAUAUAGAGGGGUCUAUAGAUGAAAUUGAUAUUGUAAAUAUUAGGCAGAUUCACGGAACAUUUGAGGCAUUUAAGGAAGUUUGCAUUCAGAUGGAGUCUGACAUUGAGCAAAGGCUGAGAGAAAAGUUUACUCUAAUUGACAAAUCCGAUCCAGCUGCCAUUGCCGCUGCACAACAGGCUGGAGUGAACAUCACAGACGAGGGGGUCUUGGUUGGGGAUACAGACGGUCAAGGAUUCGGAGUCGGGGUGGCCCCCAAAUCGACCAAAGCUGACCCCUCAGCUGUUGUCCAACUUAAAAAGAAGGAAAAAGAAAAGGAAAAGGGGGGUAAAAAAGGGAGGGAUGCCAAGAGUCCUGUUGGUGGUAAGAGUGUCAGCAGUCCUUCACACAGUGCUAAGGGGGAGAGGGAGGUGAAAUCACCACACCCAUCAGUGGAGAAAGACCGGCCUGAUCACGAGGAUGCCCCUACCCCCGUCAGCUCUACAGGUCCUCCCAGGGCUGACAAGCUCAUCCGCCCAAGCACCCCACCUAGUCGCACAGCCAAGUUUGAAGAGUUCAAACAGGAAAGAGGGGUAGAAAUCAACAAAAUCCUUGUAGAAAAUAAAGAGAUUCUAGCAAGCAAGAAGAAAGCCUAUGCAGAUUUAGCUAAACAAAUAAAUAACACAAAGAUAGAUAUUGAUGCAUCAAGAGAAAAAUUGGAUAGACUGAAAGAAGAAAGAGAGGCAAAUGGACCUCAAUACAAUGAGGACGGUGAUGUCAUUAUCAGUGAGGAAGAGUUCCUGGAAAUCAAGAGAUUAAAAGACCUCAAACAACAGUACAGAAAUGGUUACGACGAACUGAAGAACCUGAAAGCUGAAGUCCAGUAUUGUCAGAAAUUGGUUGACCAGUGUCGACAAAGGCUCAUCAAUGAAUUUGACACCUGGUAUGCAGAAAGCUUCCUGAACCAGACAGAUGACAUCUCCAGCUCAGCGGCCGGUCACGGAAUGAGACCGGGAGUGAUCCUGCCAUUCAAUCCCAACCAAGUGCCUGAGGAUGAACAGGAGAAGUUUGAUCGCCUUCAGAUGGAGCUACUGAUGAACAACCCUGAUUCUGCCGCGUACUAUAAUGCACAAAUGAGGACACAGAGACGGAAAACAUAUGAACAUGCCAUGUCCCAACCCCAGCCUUCACUGCGCCCCUCCCCUGGAAUCCCCAAAAUGACCGUCAGGAACAAACCUCCAACCAUGCUACAAAUGUCCAAUUAGACAGUAUUAAUUUUAAUUGCAACUUGGAUCACUUCUGUAGUUGGGGGAUUGGAUUAUUUCUUUCCUAUUCUCAUGACAGUAUAUUUACCGAAUUUUUACAUAGAUAUCAUUUUUGAUGACACAAUGCUAGUACUUAAAAUUCUUUCCACAAAUAUUGAAAAUCUUUAUUGUAUACAGAAGUCUAUGUACUUAUGAGUCUAUAUAAAUACCAUUCAGGUAUCUUGUUAUUUAUAUCCACUGUACAUCAAUAUUUCAAUGUUGAUAUAUAUUUUAACUUUUGUAUUAUAAGUAUAUAUUUAUAUGUUUUAUUUUCUGAACACUGUUAUCACACGGAUCUAGUGAGAAUGGCUGUGCAUUAUGUGAUUGGAUAAAUGACUUCUUGCAGUUCUGUUCAAGAUUUACAUUUCUGUGAUAAGGUUUUGUGUGGUAUGCUUCCGUCCUCUUGUUUUUUUUUUUAAACCUUUGGAAUAUAAUGUAAAAUGUUAAAAAUAAAGAUCAGGAUUUAAAAUU